AUGGGAAGACCGAGCCUCUCGCAAAAGCGAUUGACCGCACAUCGAUUCGAGCAGCUACCAGACAUGCCCGAAUACAGCCUGGGGAAUCCCCACGACGUGACCAUUGACAUCCCACUGACCGCGACCGCGAGUCGCGGUCAGACCGGUGCGCGCAAAUGGACCUCCAAUCCCUCGCCAGAGAUCAGCGAGGCCACGGCUACAGAAAAGGAGCCUAUUGCGACACACCGCGGUCCUGGUCGUAGGCGUCGCACCGAUACGGAUAUCAAUGAAUUGACUGGGAAGCCAGCUGAGUCGCCGGAGGAUGGCACGCUGAACCGCAUGGGCCGUGUCUACCAGGCUGUUUUGAAUUAUUCGCUUAUCACUCGUUACUUGAUUUAUGUUCUGCCCAUUGCGGUUUUGAUUGCCAUUCCUAUCAUUGUUGGUGCUACUGUUGCGCCCUAUGCGAAGAUUGGUGGUGUUCACCUUUACUGGUUCUUUACUUGGAUUGAGAUUGUCUGGUUUAGUUUGUGGACGUCGAAGAUCUUUGCUCGGUACAUUCCUUACUUUUUCCAGUUCCUUUGUGGCAUUGUUAGCUCUGGAACUCGCAAGUAUGCGCUUAUUCUGCGUGCGCUUGAGACGCCUAUUGCGCUUGUCCUUUGGGCUGUUAUUUCUCUCGUUACUUUCCUCCCCGUUAUGACUUUGACUCCUAGUAAGCAGGAGAGUGGUGAUACUGCUCCGAAGGCUUGGGAGAAGAGUGUCAAGAAUAUUCUCUUUGCUGUGCUUAUUUGCACUCUCAUCUACCUUUCCGAGAAGGCGCUAGUUCAGCUUAUCUCCAUCAGUUACCAUCGCAAGCAGUUCGAUGCUAAGAUCAAGGUCUCCAAGCGCAAUGUGUACCUGGUCGGUCUGCUCUUCGAGGCAUCCCGCAACAUGUUCCCCGUGUACUGCCAGGAGUUCAAGGAGGAGGAUUCCCUCAUUUUCGACUCCAUUCUGGCCCAGGCUGGCAACAAGAAUGGCAAACGCUCCUCCGCCAUGCCUCUUCGCAUGCUCCGUCAGGUCGGCAAGAAUGUCGGUCGUGUCGGUGACAAGGUCACUGCUGCUUUCGGAAACGUUGCUUCCGAGCUUACUGGAAAGCAAGUGUUCAACCCGACUGCCACCCACACCAUCGUCAUUCAAGCCCUUGAGCGUAAGCGUUGCGCUGCUGCUCUGGCCCGCCGUAUUUGGAUGUCCUUCGUUGUUGAGGGCCGCGAGUCUCUUUACAUGGAUGAUAUUGUCGAGGUCCUUGGUGCCGAACACGAAGCCGAGGCCGAAGAGUGCUUCCAUGCCCUGGACAAGGAUGGCAACGGUGAUAUUAGUCUUGAUGAGAUGGUUCUCACUAUCACCGAGUUCGGUCGCCUCCGCAAGUCUCUCAACAACAGCAUGCACGAUGUCGACCAGGCUAUCCGUGUGCUUGACAACUUGCUCAUGUGUGUUGCUGGUCUUGUCGGUGUUUUGGUCUUCAUUUCUUUCGUUACCACUGGAUUCGGUACCGUCAUCGCUGCUGGUGCCACCUCUCUGCUCUCCCUCAGUUUCGUCUUCUCCGUUACCGCUCAGGAAGUUCUCGGUUCUUGUAUCUUCCUCUUCGUCAAGCAUCCCUUCGAUAUUGGUGACCGUGUCGAGGUCAGCGACAAGCCAUUUGUGGUUGAGCGUAUCUCGCUCCUCUUCACUGUGUUCCGCAACAUAACCGACCACCGCAUCACUCAGGUGCCCAACAACAUCCUGAACAGUCUCUGGGUUGACAACUUCACUCGCGCCAAUGCUAUGCACGAACAGCUCACCGUGCCCGUUGCAUUCGACACUUCCUUCGCCGAGGUCCAGCUUCUCCGCCAGGAGAUGGAGAACUUCGUCCGCGACAAGGAGAACUGCCGUGACUUCCAGCCUGACGUUGACAUUGAGCUCGGUGGCGUCGGCGACAUGGACAAGCUCCAGCUCCGUGUUGAUAUCCGCCACAAAUCCAACUGGUCCAACGAGACUGUCCGCGCCGCCCGCCGAUCCAAAUUCCUCUGUGCCCUCGUCCUGGCCGUCCGCAAGGUACAAGUCCGUGCCCCAGGUGUCGCCCCUCCCGAGCCCGAGGCCUCAGAGGGCGACGACAAGGGUGAUGAUGCCGACACCGGCAAGCGCAGCUCUCAGCAAGGUGGUGGCACCGACAAGCCCAACGCCGGUGUAGCAGCCGCCGCCGGAGGUAUCCUGAACUACGAGAACUCAGCCCAAUCGACAGGCUUCGACCAAGGCCGCUCAGGGACCGUCACUCACCGCGGCUCAACCCAAACCAACGCCGAGCGGGAAGCCGCCAUCGUCGAAAUGCUCAACGCCCGCUCCCCAUCAGCCAUCAACCCGGGUCUUGACGCAGAUGACGGCCACGCCCUCCACCGCACAGCAACCAACGCCUCCAACACCCUCAGCGUGAACAACGGCGCGGGCAUCUCUCGCGGCCUCUCAACCGGCCACAGAAAAGCCGGCGACCACGUCUCCUACAACAACCGAGAAAUCCCCGCCGUCCCCCACCCACCGCUCUCUCCGCCAGGCUCCCGCGGCAGCGCCCGCUACGAGCCCCGCCCUCACUCCUCCGGCCACGCCUCCCAAACGCAAACGCAAACCCAGAACCAGAAUCAGAACCAGGGCCAGGGUCACAGCCAGAUGUUCACCGUCCAGACCGUCGGCUCACCUGACCCCAACGCUUUCCAGGGCCACUACUCCCACGACACGGGAUACAGCCAGGUCCCCGUUCGCAACUUCAGCGCUGAGAACACUUCCCACCGCAAUGACCCCAUCUCCGGCGUGACGGCUAGCAGCAAUUACGAGCUUACGGACCGUUAUGAUCCUGUCUCGCCGCCGUCUAUUUACUCCCCGCCUCAGGGUUACCCCGGUGCAUCGGGGGAUUCCGAUGCCCCAGGUAGACGGCCUUCGUUCUUAGAUAAGGCUUUGAGGAGGAAGGAUAAGUCGCCUUAUGCUGAGCAUGAUGCUUGA